ACCGCGGUUAAUUGUUGGGUAUCACAUACAGUCGAAGAUUGUAAAGCAAGUGAAACUACUUAACGUGUGUCACCUCCAAUCCCCAGUAUCCGACGAAGAAUCUGACUGAUGAAAAUGGAAUCAAUAUGGUACCUAGGGUGCAAAAAUGAAACGUUGAAAGGCUUGAUCAUUCCUAAUCAUUUCUGUACCAUUGACAGGUUUUUGUUUUGGAUAUUUAGCAGAUAAUCACUGUCGCUGGCCAAAGUUGCCCCUUUUGCAGGUGUCAUUUCAACUUUUAAUUUCAAGACCGUGGUCGCUUUUCCUGCAUUUUAGUGAGGCGUUGAAAAAAUGGACUGUAACAAAGCGGCUACCUACGUACGUAAGUUUAUGGCGAGGAACAUACGUACAGUUGGUGUUCGUGGUGGUUCAGACCUAACUUGACGCUCAUUGCUUCUGGUACAGUUCUGGUACAACGAACUUCAAUGAAGAUGCCAAUGCUUUAGAUAUGGCAAUAGCAUAUGACUGGAGUUCAUUUGGAAUGAUGUUGUGAUACAUCAUACAAACUGCAUCAUUUGUGGCCUUUGAGUUUGCCAUUACUCGGUAAAAAUGUCGCAUGAGUGGUGGAAAGUAGGUCCAGUCUAGUUUUGAGUUUUCAGGCGAUGGAACGAGCAAGCUGCAUACUGAGAGAGAGAGACGAAGAUGAAGUGCUGGUUCCAUUUGAAACUGAAUGAAAAAGGUGGAAAGAGCAGCAAUCUAAUGGCAAAACAUCGUGUCGUCAAUUAACCGGCAUACUCCACGUCAUGUGUGAAGAACAACUUCAAAUCCAUUUUGAGAAUCAUAAAUCCAACAUUCUCGCCGCUCACUUCUCAAAUCUUGCAAUCGGAUUCCACUAUUGAAACUUAGCAUAACACGUAGCUAACAAAUCCAAUGAUAGGAAUUUGAACCUUUUAUCAAAAAAAAUAAGCCAGUCAAAAUAAUCUGAGACAUUUCAUGUCAGACAGACCUAUGGUACAAAUGACAACAUAUGAAGAAAGACGGAUCUGUACCGGAAUGACAUGUUCUGAGGCGAACAUUUUGGCCAACGAAAAGCAAGUGCCUUUGACUCUACAUACGCCUUCAAAUAGCACAUCACAUUGGUAUAAAAGGUAAAAUCCAACCUGUAGUUGCCUUUAGGGAAUCAUUGAACGUCAAGCUAUGAACACCUGGGUUGAGGAAUGGCUUCGUUCCUCGACAUUUUGUCGUCGCUCCAAAGGUUUUGCGUGGCUCGUGACAUUGUACUUGGUCUUGAUUUCUCAAAAUUGGGCUUCAGCAACGGGGAUGGAUGUCUAUGGGGAAGAGUCAAUGCCUAGCGAGAUUUCUGAGAUCCAUAGGAAUGAUGGCAAUGUGGAGUUGGCUCACGUUUUGUACACCAACCGAGAUCCAUGGGCGGAUUUCCGGGACAAGAAGAACAUGUUCCUUCGUUCCACACGCUCAUCCCCGACCGGUUCAAUUGUUGCGAUCAAAAAGGAGGUGAGUCCUAUUGUGUCCUGGUUAUCCCUCAACCCCGUGCUGAAGUCCCGGAGAGUGGCGGCCUACCCCAAACGAUCUGAUCACAUGCUAACUCGAGCAUUGCGCGAAGAACCCACGGGAACAAUGAGCGGAGAUAGUGACCUGUUCAUGACUCGUUGGGGCCCCAUCCGAGUCUAUGGCAAUAACCCAAGCCCACGCCAAGUUGAUCUAGCUUUAAUGCGGCUCUCGUCGCGGGCACGGGCCUUACCCGAAGGCACAAUAGUCAAUCGCGUCUCGCGUUCUCGACCUCGUUUCCCCGAGGCCAAGCGACAAAUAGGUAAUGGCAUGUGGACUCGCUCGCUCCGUUCACCCGACAAUCAGGAUAUGUGGAUGAGGUCCUUGAAGCGAUUCGACGAAGACAUGUAUAUGCGGUCUCUACGGUCCACCCAGUUAUCCCCUGCUAAGGAGAUCCUGCGACCCACCAGAGGUGACGACAUGCUCACUCGGUCUCUUCGCAGUGGCAGCACGGCCUUGAACGAUAUGUUGGCCCGGUCUCUGAAGAAGCGGAAAAGCGCACCUUCCACGACCCACUCCAUUGCUCAGCGUGGGGACGAGAUUCUCAUACGGUCCUUACGAUCAAUGGAUUCAAGUUCCACCGACCACCUCUUGUUCAAGGACGAAGACCAGAUUAAUCGAGAAUUGCGGUCAAAAAACACGCGCCAAGGCCGAGCUGGCGAUAGUUCGGACAUGCUUACCCGGUCUUUACGAUCCAACCCUUUGAAGACCCUUUCAUUCAACGACCUGUCGGCUCAACCAAUGGCGAUAUCGGCAUCCCCAAGUGAAGAGGAGCAAGUGGCGCAACAGGUGGCGCAACAAGAGGCGGAUGAGCCGGACGAGGCGGAGACGGCGUUUAGCCGGAAAUGGGAGGUGGCUAGAGCCAAACUCGGAGAGCAUCCCCAAGAAUUGGCUAAACUCUUUCUCCGGUUGAGCAAAGACCGACACCAUUCAUAAUGAACACCAAGAAUACUCUCACUCAAUGCUAAAUUCGAUUCGUGUUUGCUCACAUCCGUACUAGUUUCGUGUUCGCUCCAAUUUUGUCAAGAAGAAAUCAUUCAUUCCCUAAAAAGACCAAUCCGAAGGCCUCACUACCAGCCGGUUUUCUCUCGAGUGGUCAGAGCUCCGGAGGAAACGUUAUCCGCCAUCGACGAACACGACCGAGUGAUCGUGGACGAGCCUACCCCUCAGCAGUACGACCUCAUCUACGACGCCCCCGAGGUGAUCAUUCCGACGAGCCACCGGUCCAACAGCAAUUAUGCUCGAUUCAGCCACGGGUUUUUCCCGUGGGCUUCCAUCCGCCCCCGGACCCGCUUGUCUGACAUGACCAAUGUGAAGCUCGCAGGCCCCAAACGAGGCACCUCGGGCAUCAGACUCAUCUAAGCCAAGAGAUGAUGCCUGGGAUGGCGGGAAUUGGAUCAUCUCUUCUUCGACGGAUCUGUGAGCCCAACAACUCCUCCGGAGGACUGGGGAGGCCCUUCGAAUCAGUUCAUCAUCAACACUUCACAAAUCAUUCAUUCAUUGUGACGGUAUUAUCUGAUCCUGACGUGCACUACCGCCUAUCUAGGUAUGGUGUACGCUCACGUUGGAUGAGGCCUUCAAAUAUCAGUUAAACAAGCUGACAAUCAUUCAUUGACUCGCCAAUUCUAAGGAUGCUUCAUCUAUUUUCAGAGGCAAGCUAACAUAACGUAAAAGAUGUGUUUUUUUUUUUCUUCACAGUUCUACGUUUCCUUAAUAAAUCUUUGUUAUAAUACGCAGCUCAUCUUGGGGCUGAAUUGCAAUGUACGAGUAAUACAAGCACUUGGCCUACAAUCAAGAAAUAUAAUACAGAAAUACAUAAAU